UUUUGUAGUCCGCACCUAGGUGCUUCCAGUCUCUGAGCACCAAGGAGGAAACUCCCGCCAGACCUCGGGGUUCAGGCAGAAGCCGGUGGUAUCUACGGGGACCAGAUCAGGCUUCUGUUGGAGUCCCGUGCCGGGAACGCGGGCAAGCGGCCCGGACUUCAGAUGCCCCACGAGCGAUAUGCCCGCUUUCCACACGAGACCACGAAGGUGGACUGGUGGGAACGGCGCGGUGCAGGGAAGGGAGUAUAAGCCGGGGGUGUACGCUCUAGAAAAGCACAGCGUGCGCAGCGAGCAGGAACUCUACUGGGCUAAGCCUUUCAGGCCGCGUUCUCCGUUGCUAGACAACGAAGCCACAUCCGGGCUUCUCCAACCGACUUCCAGUCGGGCUCCUGCCAACUCCGUGUCCCAGUAACCACUGGUGUCGGCGGCCAGCCCCGCCCCGCUGAUUGGAGGGCGGAGUGAACACAGACUCGCGAUUGGUCGACGUAUCACAAAGGGGCGGUGCGCUCAGUGCCACCCUCGGCACCGCUGGCGGGAGCUUCGUCCAGGUGAACCUGAGGUGGGCGAAGUAGCGAGUGGACCGGCGUCAGGCUGGAGGCUAGGCGCGGAAGCGCUGAGGUGGACGGACUCGAGAAAUGUACUUUGGGACCGUGAUGUUUUCAUGUCAGUAAAGGAAAACUGUCAGCCUCUUCAGGAGCACAUCGCGUCACGGUGUCUGUGUGCUGGUGGACAAUUUGCAAGAUACAAAAAGCAAAACAUGAAUGAUAUAUAUUACCAAUGUGCAAAGUUGAUUCGGAUAGAACUGAAGUACAGUUGCCUGCAACAUAUUCCAGAGGAUUUGGAGAAGUCAAAGUAAUGGAUAACAGGAAAGAGCCUCCAUUCUUCAAUGAAGAUAACAUGGAACUGGGACCACUUGACUACAAACAUCUUUUCUAUGAUACCAUGGAGCUCUUUAUUGAGACACUGACUGGAACAUGUUUUAAGCUGAGAGUUUCGCCAUUUGAAGCAGUCAUUUCCAUAAAGGCAAAGAUUCAAAGACUGGAAGGUAUUCCCAUUUGUCAGCAGCACCUAAUUUGGAAUAACGUGGAACUUGAAGAUGAUUACUGCUUGAAUGAUUACAACAUUUCAGAAGGUUGUACCUUGAAGCUGGUUUUGGCCAUGCGUGGUGGACCUAUAAAUACUAGAAAAGUUCCCAUGGAAGACCCGCUUAGGGAGAUGGCUGAGUACAUGGACCCCAGUCGAGAUGAGGUCUGGGAGAAGGCCUCCUGCAGCAGACAAGUUACGUUCUUGGUUUACCGGGAAGGAGACCAGUUGAAUUUCUUUUGUGUAGUAGAUAGGGGAAAUGGCACUUUAACACCAUUAUCUGAAUCUUUAAGUGGUGGUUCUGUGUACAAUUUGUGUACAGAUGAGGAUGAGGAGAUGGAGCCUUCUCCUGGGAAAAAUACCAUUGAAAAUUCAAUUACUAUGAAUAAAAUGAAGCUGCUGAAAGCAAAGAUGGAGAGCAUGAACCUCGGCAGAAAGCCCAAGAGAGCCCCGAAGGUGCAACCUCGCCCGCCCAACGCACGCCCUGCCAGUGGCUCUGGGGGGGUGACCCCGCGCCCCCGGCUGCUGCCUGCCCUCAUGCCCCUGAGCAAGGGGACCUCGGGACACCUGUGGCCGGGGUCCUCUCAGCCUCAGGGCACCCAGCACUCCAUGGGGAACUUGGCGACCGAGGACCUGCACGACCCUGUACUUAGUAUCCCACCCCACAAAGAGCACAAACCCAAGGCUGUGCUGUGCCCCGCAGAGGCUGAGGGAAAUGUGGUGCGAACAGGUGGCGGUGCAGGUACCCAGGGCAUGCGGAGGACCAGCGCUUCAUCUCUGUUGUCAUCCCCGGCCUCUUCAGGGGCUGCAGUACACAGUUCCGGGAACCGUGGUGCACCGGGGAAGCCCCACCAACAGCCCAGGUCAUGGAACUCCAAAGCCGACCCUGAGCCUGCUAUCCCCAGCCCCAGCUCCCAGGGGAAGAGGCCCGAAAUCAUCUCCAGAGUAGAGGCGAUGACAGACAAGGCCUCCAAAGAGCCUUUGGGCCAUGUGAGCAACACUGCAAUUGUGGCUUCUCUAGCACGGAGUUUGAGCAGGGCCGGGGUGAAGAGUGUCCAUGGCCGGAGCCAGCUGCACCCUCUGGGGCCCACUCAGUGCCCACCACACCCUCGCCUGCAGCUUGAGACCCCAAGUGGCUCUGCCUGGGCACAGCCAGCAGUGCCCUUCCCGUCUGCCCUUGGCCUGGGAAUGAACCGAAACAUUGCAGCAGCAGGGAAAAGAGGAGGAGAAUGUACCCAUCACCUCCCACCUGUGAAAGCCCCUCUCCAAGCAAAGAAGAAAACAACAGCAAAACAUUGUUUUCUUUGUGGAAAGAAAACAGGACUGGCUACUAGCUACGAAUGCAGAUGUGGGAACAACUUCUGCUCAUCUCAUCGCUAUGCAGAGACUCAUGGCUGCACCUAUGAUUACAAGAGUGCAGGGAGGAGGUUCUUACAGGAGGCAAAUCCUGUGGUGAAAGCACCAAAACUUCCAAAAAUCUAACUCUUCCUUUGCACCCUACUGUCCUGCCCGCGGAAUUGUAUUAUAUUGACAGAAGAAAAAUAGUUUAGACUGCAUUAUUUUUGUUCGACUCCAAAAGAUUUGCCAAAUAACAAAAGCAUCUAACGCAUACUGUUAAAGGAUCAGAAUGCUACAGUAUUUGACGUCCUUAUUUUUUUGGUGGAUCAAAAGUUUUAAAAGUAGUUUUUAAAACUUUAUACUGUAAUGUCUUAGCUUUGUUAUUGCAUGUCUGUGUUAUGUGUCUUAUAUUUGUUACUGCAGAUUUACUCAACACUCUUCAAACAUGUACUUUAGGAACUAAAUACUCUGUGUCACAGAGCAUCCAUUUGUAUGGCAUGUGUGGUUAUGUGAAGGCUUUGCCAAAAUGAAUCACUUUUUAUUUUGCCUUUUUUGCGGGAGAGGGGCAGGGUAGGAGGUAAUUUUUUUUUUUCAAAAUCCCAUGUGUGAAAAUUUAUGGAGUUACUUGUAAGUUCUUUUUAUUAUUUCAAACUACUUUUUAUAAAAAGAACAUUUGGGUUUCCAGUGUGGUUUUUAACAUACAUCUUCUAUAUUCAGAGUGGCAUUUGGAUAUGUAUCCAUUUCGUAAAACACAUCAUGUUAAUCAAGUACAUGUUUCUUAAAAUACUACUUUUUAAAAGGCAUUUUUAAAAGUUUUACUUGUUGCCACUAAACAGAGACACCAACUUUCAGUUUUCAAAAAAUGGCUACAGGGCUGGGGAUUUAGCUCAGUGGUUCAGUGGC